CCAAUUUCUUUAACCAGGCUUUUGAAAUAACCACAAUUCCAUCUAUCAACUCCCAAAAUACUCAAUAUAACCAACUCUCAUAAUGUCUCUCAAGAACGCCGCAUUCCCCUCCUCCGAGGCCUUCGAUGCCAUCAACGCCUCGCUGCAGUCCGAUGAUGCCGAGCGCAAGAAUGCGGUUAAGACGGCCCAGUCCGUCUUCGCUUUCACCCUCAAGAACAAGGCUGGUGAGACGGACAGCUGGCACAUCGACUUGAAGAAGGAUGGUGUUGUUAACAAGGGACUUGGUGAUAAGCCUACUGUCACCCUCUCCCUCUCCGACGAGGACUUCGCCAAGCUCGUCGCUGGCAAGGCGAACGCACAGAGGCUGUUCAUGAGCGGCAAGCUGAAGGUCAAGGGUGAUGUGAUGAAGGCGACGAAGAUGGAGCCGAUCCUCAAGCGCGCGCAGACGAUGUCGAAGUUGUAGAGGGUGGGUGGAUAGAGAGGCUGGCUAUAUGAUUUGGAAGUCAUGUAGAAAGAAGAGCCUCGUGAUAUAGGGAAAUAAAUUAUAAA